AACAUCCAGAGCACAAUACAUCCAUGCUGACACAGAAAGGCAGUAAUGACUUGGCUGUGAACACAGAACACGAUACACCCAUGCUGACACAGAAAGGCAGUUAUGACUUGGCUGUGAACACAGAGCACAAUACAUCCAUGCUGAAACAGAAAGGCAGUCAUGACUAUGCUGUGAACACCCAGAGCACAAUAUAUCCAUGCUGACACAGAAAGGCAGUAAUGACUAUGCUGUGAACACCCAGAGCAAGAUAUAUCCAUGCUGACACAGAAAGGCAGUAAUGACUAUGCAGUGAACACCCAGAUAAAGAAUUAUCCAUGCUGACACAGAAAGGCAGUAAUGACUAUGCAGUGAACACCCAGAGCAAGAUAUAUCCAUGCUGACACAGAAAGGCAGUAAUGACUUGGUUGUGAACACCAGGAGCAAGAUAUAUCCAUGCUGACACAGAAAGGCAGUAAUGACUUGGCUGUAAACACAGAACACAAUACACCCAUGCUGACACAGAAAGGCAGUAAUGACUUGGCUGUGAACACAGAACACAUUACACCCAUGCUGACACAGAAAGGCAGUAAUGACUUGGCUGUGAACACAGAGCUUAAUACAUCCAUGCUGACACAGAAAGGCAGUAAUGACUUGGCUGUAAACACAGAGCACAAUACAUCCAUGCUGACACAGAAAGGUAGUUAUGACUUGGCUGUAAACACAGAGCACAAUACAUCCAUGCUGACACAGAAAGGCAGUUAUGACUUGGUUGUGAACACAGAGCACAAUACAUCCUUGUUGACACAGAAAGGCAGUAGUGACUUUGCUGUGAACUCAGAGCACGAUACAUCCAUGCUGACACAGAAAGGCAGUAAAGACUUGGUUGUUAACACCCAGAGCACAAUACAUCCAUGCUGACACAGACAGGCAGUAAAGACUUUGUUGUAAACACUAAGAGAUCCAUACAUCCAUGGGGUGUGCCACAGCCGCAAAUUACGCCCACUAUUGUGAACAAGGUUCUUAAAGUGAACACGUCUGGUUUUGUUAUGAGCACAUAGCACUCCAAGCCCAAAAGGCCUCGCAUUAAAUUGAUGCAAGAGAAGGCUUUGGAAAAUAACAGCAGUUUUGUUGUGUGGUCCAGUACGCCCUUCGACUCGCAACCUGAAGAAAGCAGAACUCAAACUUGUCUCUUAGCAAUAACAGCAAGGCCAGCAUGUCAUCUCAGCUUCUUGAACUUCAGUGAACUUUACUAGCAAACAUGACAAACGUCAUUGAAGUGAAAGUCCAUGACAAAUCGACUUCUUGCACAAAUACUACAACUCGCUUAAGAAAUUUAGCACGAAGACAUCUUGCGUCAGACUACCAAGCCUCCUUCCCAUAUUGGGAACAUCAAUACUUCCAACAGCAGAGCCUUGGUGAGUUCGACUUCCGUCUCAGCAUCGAUGUCGCUUAGCAACAAUUGGAUGAUGGGCGUCGACAAAUUAGGCCGGAUAAGUCGCUCGAACUGAAACGAUCUGAUCCAACAGGUAGAGCAGGCGUUGCGUGACACGUCCGUUAAUGUGACUGAUCUCGAUAUGUUGUUCUCGAAUAAUGUGAACCUUAGGCCUGGAGAGCAGUAUGCAUUUGACGCCAUUCAACAACAGUUAUUGUCAGCAGUUCUCGGGUUUGGGGUGGCAACUUCGGCGUCG